AUGAGCGAGCUGCAAAAAUCAUUCGCCAAAGCAAAGCUGGCCAAGCUCCCCGUCGAGCCGCCCAUGUCCGCCAUGGAUGCCCUAGAAGAGGAGGAUUCCUCCGGCUCGUCCACCGGGACGGUGACUCCGUCCCCGAGUAAACGGUUGUUUGCCCGACCCGAUCGAGAAUCCGCCUCCUCCACCCUGAGCUGGACCGACUUCUUCGCGCAGGAGCUCUUCCUCCGCGAAGACGUCGCCAACACCCAGAUCACCCACCAUGUAUACCUGACACCGCCCACGGGCUCCGGCCCUCUCUUCGUCAUGCACCACGGCGCCGGCUCCUCGGGCCUCUCCUUCGCCACUUGCGCAGAGGAAAUCCGCAAGCUCCUCCCCACCGCCGGCGUGCUGUCCCUCGACGCCCGCGACCACGGCCAGACCACCGUCACCGCCGCGGACGGCCACUCGCCCGUCGCGCUGGACCUCAGUCUGGACACGCUGAACCGCGACCUCGUCUUCGUGGUCCGCGCGACGCAGUCGCACAUGGCCUGGGACAGUCUGCCCGAUCUCGUCCUCGUGGGCCACAGCCUCGGCGGCGCGGUCAUCACCGACGUCGCGAGGAAGGGCGAGCUGGGGCCGAAGGUGCUGGCGUAUGCCGUGCUGGAUGUGGUGGAGGGCUCGGCAAUGGACGCCCUCCAAAGCAUGGAGCAGUACCUCUCCACGCGACCCUCGCGCUUCCCCUCGCUGACCUCCGGGAUCGAAUGGCACACACGCUCGCGCACGCUUCGAAACCGCACCUCCGCGCGGGUGUCUGUCCCCUCCCUACUCUACGAGGAGGAAGCUUCCUCCGACCCGUCCAAACCAUGGGUGUGGCGCACGAAUCUCGCCGAGACCAAGCCCUUCUGGGAGAACUGGUUCAUCGGGCUGAGCAGGAAGUUCCUCGAAGCGCGCGGCGGCAAAUUGCUUCUUCUCGCCGGCACGGAUCGACUCGAUAAGGAGUUGAUGAUUGGGCAGAUGCAGGGCAAAUACCAAUUACAAGUCCUGCCUGAAGCGGGCCACUUCAUCCAGGAAGACCAGCCGGCCAAGACGGCGCAGAUCCUCGUGGAUUUUUACAAACGCAACGACCGCAGUGCGUUGGUGCUGCCGCCCAAGGUGGCGGAUAUGCAGGCUUCCGCUGCGAUGAAGAAGGGAGGCAGUAUGGGCAAUCCCCUGGGACGACCGCAGGAUCACAAGUAG